AUGGAGGUUGACAAGGAACAACAUGAGGAUAUCCCUGACUUUAAUACAGAAUAUGAGCUAGAUGAUGGAAACCAAGAAUAUGAUUCGCAUACAGAGAAUGGUGAAAAUGAAGACAUUCACUACAAUAGCCAAUCAGAUUCGGAAGAAGAAAUCCAUAAAACAGUUCCUACAAAAUCACAUAAGAAGAGGGGCAUGACUCGAUUGCCAAAACUGAAGACUGAAUAUGUCAAUUCUGGUGGAAAAAAACGUGUCAGGUUUGAUGAAUUUGGUAGGUUUACAGGGAAGAAUAAUGCAGUCUUUGUUAGCUAUUUGGGUGAUCUUUUCCGCGAGAAGGUGGGAUUAAGUGCUCAUUGCUGGAAAAAAGUUAAACCGGAAAUGAAGGACAAACUAUGGGAAGAGAUAACGCGCUAUUUUGAGGUUCAUGAAAGUGGAAAACAAUUUGUGAUGAAUAGACUUGGUAUUCUUCUACGGAAUUUCAGAAGAAAGUUGUGUGCAGAUUACAUCAAACCACAUCUAGGCGAUACCGAUAUUGAAGAGAAUGUGAUUUCGAAGGAGGAAAUUCCUCCAAGCAAAGGGUCAUCUAAGGAAGAAAUUAAAGAUCUUAAAGUUGCACUGCAUAAUGGAAAACUUGAGCUUGAGAAAAAAGAUGCUGAACUCAAGGCUUUGUCUACAAAGGUUAAUGAACAAGAUCAAACACUAAAGCUAGUUUUGGCUCAUCUUAAUGAAAAAGGAGUUGACUUUCCAAAUCUGUCUCAUACAAUUGGUAUUUUAAGUGAGAAGAUUGUACAGAGUAAUGAAACGUCUCAUGUUAGUCUCAAAACCAAUGAACCUUCAAAACCUGUAACACUAGUUAUUCCAAAACCCAACAAAAAACCUGUUCAAACAAAAUCUGCAACUGCAGCACUCGAUGCAAAAUUGAUUUCCAUGAAAUCUGCAAUAGCAAAUACAAAAACCACCAACAAAACUGUUGAGUCUAAGACUACCACUAUUAAUCAUGACAUACCAAAAGUUUCACCAAAUAAUCCCAUUCACCAGGUACCAGAAAUUAUAUCACAUCAAAAAUCAACAAAAAGGAAAUCAACUUACAUAUCAUCUGAUGCCCUUCUUAAGAAGACAAGGAGCAAUAGAAACAAAAAGAAUGCCUAG